UAACUGAGCAGAAGUCAUCAUCUGAUAUCGUAUCUGAGCGAUACCAGCGUUAGUAUGGCUCGAGUGUCUUUAGCUGUGAUUGUAGCCAUUAUGGCGGCCGUGGCCUAUUACUGGGGGUCGUAUCAAAAGACUGAUUUGUCCACCACUGUGCUGAACAAGACAUAUGACUAUAUCAUUGUUGGUGCCGGGUCUACGGGGUCUGUGAUAGCUUCCCGACUAUCAGAGGACAAGGACAUUAGCGUCCUUCUACUGGAGGCGGGUGGUCAGCCAGAGGAGAAUCCUUUGAUUGAUGUGCCUGUUGCCGCUGUUGACACGCAAGAAACAGAACAGGAUUGGAGGUAUUAUACAGUUCCUCAGAAGAAUGCCUGUAAGGCCAUGAACGAAAAUAGGAGUUAUUGGCCACGUGGACACGUUCUUGGUGGAAGUAGUGCACUAAACUGGAUGGUGUACAUGAGAGGAAAUCGCCAUGACUUUGACAGCUGGGCAAAUGAGGGAUGUGAUGGAUGGAGCUACAAAGAUGUCCUCCCUUACUUCAUAAAAUCGGAAAACGUGGAAAUCCCUGAGUUUAAAACUUCGAAAUAUCAUGGGAAGGAUGGACCACUGUAUGUUACUGGUCCUACACAGACUAUUCUGCAGGAGAAAUACAUCCAGGCUGGACAACAGCUGGGUUACAACUUAGUUGACUGUAACGGAGAGGAUCAAAUAGGAUUUUGCAGGAUGCAAGCCACAAUACACAACGGCGUGAGGUGGAGCACAUAUCAAGCUUUCCUCAAGCCAGUUAUGUCAAGGCCAAACUUACAGGUAGCAACGCGAGCAUUUGUUACUAAGGUUAUCAUAGAGAACAAGAGGGCAGUUGGAGUGGAGCUGAUAAGAGGAAAUCGUAAAGUAAAAGUUUACGCUAAUAAGGAAGUGAUACUAUCAGGAGGUGCCGUUAACUCACCCCAGAUACUGAUGUUGUCUGGAAUCGGUCCUAAGCAACACCUUAAGGAAAUAGGGAUAGACGUAGUCGCCGAUCUGCCGGUGGGUAACAACCUACAGGACCAUAUCCUCAUACCUGUUGUUCGGAACAUCAACAUCAGUGCAGCAUUGACGGAGUCGAUGGCCAACAAUGUUUUUACAUUAUUACAAUAUAUUUUACUUAAAUCAGGUCUUUUUGCGGCAACUACAUUGGAAGGUAUGGGGUUUGUAUAUACCACGGAUGGUGCAACUAAGGAUGCUGGGCGGGGUCCAGAUAUACAGCUUCAUUUCCUGAGUGCACAUGGGCUGACAGAAGAAGCUAGACCGCACAUGCAUUUGAAUUACAGGGAUGACAUUAUGGACAAGAUACUAACAUAUGAUACAGCCAAUGAGACAAUAUCAUUUUUACCCACUCUCCUCCAUCCUAAAAGUAAAGGAACAAUCCGUCUUAAAAGUAGGGAUCCCUUCGACCAUCCCGACAUAGAUCCAAAGUACCUGGAACACCUAGAUGAUGUCAAAACUCUCGUAUCAGCAAUGAGAAUCCUUGAGAAACUUAUCGACACGCCAGUCCUGCGAGAGAUAGGAAUGAAGCUUGAAAGUAAAUCAACUCUGGACCAAAUAUGUGCUGAGCAUACCUUUCGGUCAGAUGCAUUCUGGGAAUGUUACAUACGUCAUUUUACUGUAACGGUAUACCAUCCCACAAGCACCUGUCGUAUGGGAACUACGGACGACCCAACAGCUGUGGUUGAUUCCUCACUUCGUGUCAAUGGUAUAUCUGGACUUCGCGUGGCUGACGCGUCUGUAAUGAGGAACGUCCCGUCAGCCAAUACAAACGCCGCAUGCAUUAUGAUUGGAGAAAAGGCGGCCGACCUCAUCAGAGGCAUUGAUUCUGUUAAGAAUAUACGACGAAAUCUAGGGGAAAUUUGAUCAAAAAAAUGCUACGUUAGUUAAAUGAUUUUCAACAAUGCGUUAUUUCAUAAUCAUAUGUUC